UCGAUCAACAUUCCAUCUCGAUUAAAUUAUAAAGUGAAAAAAAAUAUCUGAGAGUGAAUUUUGUGAUGGUUGUUUUAAUAUUAACAACGUUUCUGAUUGUCGUCGCCUUGGUGAGGCAUUUGAUGUAUUUGUAUCGCAUGGAAAGCUAUGUGAAACAUUUGAAAUCGACCCAUCCACUGUUACCCAUAGUCGGAACUGCCUAUGGCAUGAUUGGAAAAUCUGCCACUGACGCGUAUAAAGAGAUUCUUCGAUUUGCGAAAAGCAACGACACUCCAGUGAAAACUUACAUAGGCUCAACACUGGCUCUUACGGUAGAUAAACCGGAAGACAUAAAAAUUAUCUUGUCUUCGCCGAUUUGCUUCGAUAAACCGUUCGUAUUUGACUUUUUACCAUAUCGUGCCGGAAUUUUUACCACUACAUUGAGUGCUGUUUGGAAACCCAUUCGAAAACACUUGAAUCCGACGUUCAGUCUCAAUGUGCUGCAAUCAUUCAUGCCAAUAUUCAACAAAAAAUCGACAGUUUUGCUUGAGAAAAUGGAUACAGAAGUCGGGAAGGAGGAAUUUAAUGUUUUUCCAUACAUUCAAUGGUCAAUUCUGGACGCAAUUUGUGAAACCACAAUGGGAUUUGAUUUGAAGACACAAUCCCAUCUGACUGCUGACUUCUUUAACAGCAUGGACGCCUUCUUUUGCCUUGUUCUGAAACGAUUUAUAAAACCGUGGUUCCACGCAGACUUUAUUUAUCAAUGGACACCAAUGUACAAAAUUGGACAAAAUCAUUCGGCCAACGUUCGAUUACUGACAAAUGCGAUAUUCGAAACGAAAAAAGAAGAAUAUUUGGCUGAAAACAACAAUGACAUGGCGAAAGCCUUUGAAACAACCGAAAAGAAGCCACAAAACGCGAUCGAUAAGCUCCUGAAGUUGUGUGAUGAUGGCGAAUUCGACGAGGACCUUGCAAAAGAGCAAAUUGAAACCAUUUUGGUAGCCGGAAACGACACAUCGACCGCGACUGUUUCAUUUACGAUUCUUAUGCUAGCAAUGCAUCCGGAAAUUCAGGAACGACUUUAUCAGGAAUUACGAUCAGUUUUCUCAGAGCAGAACGAAGAUAUGUCACAGCAACAUCUCAAUCAGAUGCCAUACUUGGAUUUGGUGUUAAAAGAAACGUUGCGUUUAUUCCCCGCCGCACCGUAUCCACUUCGAUGUGCAUCAGCCGAUAUUACAAUUGACAGCUGUACCAUUCCAAAGGACGCAAUGAUUUUACUUUCAAUUUUCUCACUGCAUCGGAGACAAGAUGUAUGGGGUGCAGAUGCCGAUCAAUUCAAUCCCGAUCAUUUUCUACCAGAGCACAUGAGCCAGCGACAUCCAUUUGCAUUCAUACCAUUUGGUGCUGGACAAAGAAAUUGCAUUGGCUAUCGAUAUGCCAUGAUCUCAAUGAAAGUGAUGCUAUCAGCGCUUUUGCGACGCUACAAAUUCACAACAAACUUAAAAUUGAGCGAUAUUGACCUGAGAUUCGAAAUGGUUUUAAAACUAGCCCAAAAACAUAUGGUGCAGAUCGAACGACGACGGUGGUAGCGAAUCAACCAAUUCACAUGGGUGUUGAAUGUCAUUCAACGCCACUAAGCUGUAGACAUCUCUCUCCGGCUAUACGGUAAACAACAGAACCAACACUGAACAUGAAAAUGACAUGUUCAAUUGUGUUUGUUUCGUUAGUUUCAACUGUGCCGCUACGAGAGGUCACUUUUGUCGUUUCUUUUUGUUAUUUUACAUAUAAAAUCAAUGGUAUUAGACGAGGAUGCAAAUUCAGACAUUCAUUCGUUUCUUCGUAGCAAAUUUCGAAAUUUAUUCAUUCGUACCAAAGCUAAAGCUCAGCAUUUCAGCGCUCAAAACUGACUGAAAAUUGUUCAAUCUAAUUGAAAAUGAUGUGUCUCGAAAUUAAAUAUCAAACAUUUUAAAUAAAAAUGUUAAU